AUGAACACCAAUGGAAUUAAGAAGGAGACGUACAAGGACUAUUUCUAUGGAAAGAGGCGUAUUGCAUGCUUCCUACUGCUUGUGAAUGCCAUACUGAUCUACAAGACACUUGAGACACUUCUGCGAGUGAAGGCAAUGAUGGAUUCUCGUCUCGAGCUCAUGGACUUCAACUACUCCUCAAACCGCCCUAGUAAAAUCAGCUUCACUUUCAGGCUGCUGAACUACAAGUCGCCCUUCAACCUGUCGAUCUCGAAAUUCAAGCUCUGCCUGAACGAAGCCCUCGAAUUCAGAACGGAGCAGAUUUCCCUAAAAAAGAUGGACGACUUCAUCGUCAAUGUCAGGGUCUCCCUUGACAAAUGCAACCUUAGAAAGUUCGACUGGAAGAACUUCAACCUGGCGGCUGAAUGCCGAAUCGCCCUUGGAAUCUUCUACGUUCCCUUCCUGUUUCUGGUCAGCUACGAUAGGCGAAUUGAAAUCUACGCCAAGGGCAAAACGGACAGAACGUGGUACAACGAGCUGAAUCUGAUGACGACAACCAAGACGCAUUUGACCUACGAGAGCAUCAUCUGCACCAUCGAUAAACACGCCUUCUUCAAGUCGUAUUUUGGAGACGAAAACAACGUGAAUGUGAAGUUCGCAGACCUGCAGGUCUUCCUUUCACCUGCGAUCUUCGACAAAAUCAAAAUCCACGGAUUCCGUUACAACAAACAGCACAGAAGCGGCCUGAUCAAAAUGGAGAUCAUCAGGUCGUACGACAACAAGCAGUUUGGGACGUAUUUGAUCGAUUUCAUCAAAUACGGCAAGCCACUCUACAUCGAGCACCUUGUCCAGAACGAGAAGACACACGCAGUCCACUUUGAUCCGCUUUUCAGAACGCGACUUCAGCUGAUUCCGCCUUUUACGGAGCCCUAUUGCGCCAUCAGAAACUUCUGCCUCAAAGACGGCUUCUCCUGCAACAUCGAAUUUGCCAAGGACUCCUUCAACGACUUCGUCUACCUCUGCGCCUACUUUCUGCUCAAGAACAAGACGGUGCAAUUCCACGGCCUCCAAAACGAGGUUGAAAUUCUGACAGGCACAAUAAAAUUCAGAGAGAGGGGGAUUGAACUCGCAGGAAACAUCCUCGACUACAAUCCACUUUUCCGCUUCUGCAUCUACCCCGAGCCAAGGAUGGCUCUUGAACUCGUCGACGACGACGACCCCGUCGUGGGGCUGUUUCGUGGAGUCCGCUACGUCACGAACCUCUUUCGGAACCACGAGAUCCUCUACAGAAACAGGGCGGCAGCGGUGAUGGAAGGAACAGUCGACUUCAUGAAGAAGUUUGACGUCGAGCACCACGUCAAGGAGCAUGCGAUUGGAAGUGACAAGACACGCGUUGAAAUCGUCUCAACCUGCUCAUUCCGCAACACGGCCGACCUGAACCAGUCGGAUUUGAGCAACUUCUGCCUCUUUGAGCUGAAAAAGGACAUUUUGUUCAGACCGCGGUCAUCUCGCCUUGACGGAGACGGCCGAGUCGUCCACGGUGCCAUCUACUACGAAAUGUCCGUCUCUCCCCUUUCACGCCGCCUCUACGGCCAGUUCAAAAUGGUCACGAACCUGAAUCUCCUGGAAAGUGCCCUUAGAAUCCUGAACACGAAGGGAGCCGAUGCAAUUUUCAACCUGUUUGGAACAGAAUUCCGCUUCGUCUUCGAGGACGACAAGGCCUACGACAUCACCACGUUCCUCCUUGGCCCAGACUGCUACGGAUUCACAAACUGCCUCAACACCGGCAACUUCCGCGACAAGUCGCUCUUCUUCAACGACAACUUCGCCAGGGAGGACCCCGACGUCCGCUUUGGGAAAUUCCUCUUCGAAGUCACCGACUUCAAAAACCUCGUGAGCUUCGACGCGUCGCUCUCCACGGCACCAGGCGGCGACCUCGACGCCUUCGUCGACCGAGUCCACCCGCGAGGAGACCAGCGACUCCUCUUCGUCCAGCGCCUCUUCUUCGACGAGCUGCAGCUGCGAAUGAGCGCCGUCCGCGGCACCAGCCGCUACGGCUUCCUCGACGCAGUUGCGUCGCCUGCCUCGAUCCGCUUCACCUUCGUCGACGGAUUCCUCUACAUAGACAUGCCUGGAACAGCGAGAAUCAGCAUCACGGCCUACGCCUCGUUCUUCGACGCCUCGUCGCCCCUCUUCGUCCCAAAAGGCGGGUCGUGGCUCACUGCCCUCGUAGGCAACUUCGUGAUGGUCCAAGUCCUCAGGGACGACACGCCCAUCACCAAAAAGCAGAUCAGAAACUGGUCGAACUUCGGCACCGAAAUCAACUUCAGCAUCGACAGCGAGCAGCACCUGGUCGUCGUCCUCGACCUGAAUCUGCCCAGGGAACUCGUUGCCACGAACCAGGCGAUCGUCUUCAGCGGAAUCACGCCCAUUUCAGUCACAGCCCGUCGCGUGACCGANUACGCCUCGUUCUUCGACGCCUCGUCGCCCCUCUUCGUCCCAAAAGGCGGGUCGUGGCUCACUGCCCUCGUAGGCAACUUCGUGAUGGUCCAAGUCCUCAGGGACGACACGCCCAUCACCAAAAAGCAGAUCAGAAACUGGUCGAACUUCGGCACCGAAAUCAACUUCAGCAUCGACAGCGAGCAGCACCUGGUCGUCGUCCUCGACCUGAAUCUGCCCAGGGAACUCGUUGCCACGAACCAGGCGAUCGUCUUCAGCGGAAUCACGCCCAUUUCAGUCACAGCCCGUCGCGUGACCGAUGAAAUCUUCUUCACCUUCAACGUGACCGAAAUCAACUCAGAAGACACCCUCACAAUUCGGUCUGAACUCCGCCUCUGCCUGGACCCAGACACCCUCACAGCCCCGUUCUCCUUCUCCUUCUCUUCCUCCUACGGCAGUCGCCCACCAACUCAGACGAGUCUCCUUUGCACCUCCGACUUCUUCCGCUGGUUCUAUUUCGAACAGGAGAGGCCGUUUGAUCAGUUCAAGGAGAAUGCGAUGAAGCCGAAGCUGAAGGUGAUUGCCCACACCGUGACAGGAACAGACUGCUCUGAUUCGGAGGCGAAGGUGCUCAGGCUCU